UGUUGCUGUCAAAAUGUCGAGAUGAAAAUAUCAACUGUCAUUACAGUACUUGCAAAUACUUUUUAUGGCCCUGGUACUUAUUAUCAAUUACUGGAAAGCUAAUUGUUUAGCUUUUAUAAUAAUCACAAAUGAUACAGUAGUGUUUUAAAAGUUUAGUUUGCAAAAUAAAACAUUAUUAAUUGUUUGUAAUUGAAAGAGCAUCGUACAAUUCGUAUACAUGAACACGGACAUGACAAAGUAGUUGAAUAGUCUUUGCGAUUAUGACUUUAUUUUAUUGAAGAAAAAAAAUUUAUUAUCAAGUGCAAAAAAUAAUUUUUUUUGAAAUGGAAGUUGUUGAUACUCGCAAAACAACCGCAAACAAAACGCAACAAGGUAAUUUAAAGUUGUUUGCCUGUCCUAUAUGUGUCGAACGUUUUACAAGCGAAAAACAAUAUUAUGGUCACCUGAGGAUUCAUACGGAGGAAGUUUUAUUGUCUUGUGAUCAAUGUCCAGAAUCUUCAAUUAAAUUUGAUUCUCUGGGUAAAUUGCAAAUGCACGAAAAUUUAUGUCAUAAUAUUGUCAGACCUUUUAAAUGUCAUGAAUGUGGAUUAUUGUUCGAUCGAGCCUCUCAAUUAGAAUAUCAUCAACGAAGUGUUCAUCUUGGUGAAAAAUCUCAUAUAUGUCAAAUAUGCGAGAAAGGAUUUUUUCGUAAGACUGAUUUACGAACUCAUUUAAAUAUACACCUUGGUACGAAUGUUAGUAUGUGUGAAAUUUGCGGAAGAAAAUUUAACCAUGUGUCGAAUUUAAUUAGACACAGCAGGACUCAUGCUGGCAUUAAACCAUAUCCUUGCACUGUUUGUGGUAAGCGAUUCACUCAAAUAAGUUCUUUGGCGAGACACAAAAGAAUUCAUGAACGUGUACCAAAAGGAAAAAGUGUUAAUUCACAAAAAGUUAUUAACAGCAAUGAUUAUAAUAUAAAUCAUCACGAAGUCGAAGUAAACGAGAUUACUAAAGACGUUGGAACUAGCGAACGAAAAGUGAUAAAACGUCGUCACUAUUGUAAAAUUUGCGGAGAAAGUUUUCAGUUUGCGGUUCUUUUGAGAAAACACGAGAAGGAACAUCUCAAUAGCGCCAAUAUUUUUGAAUGCAAAAAUUGUCACAAGAAAUUUCAAAAUCCGGAGGACAUCAAAGAGCAUAGUUGUAGACAGGAGGCUUUUACUUGGACACCUGAGGACAAUACUUCUACAUCUGCGAAUAUAUCGAAAAAAAUUAUUUUUGAAGAAAAAAAUGAUUCUCAAUACAUUGAUAAUGUAGAUAUCCAGUGUCAUUCAAUAUUCUCCAAAGAUUUAAUACCGGAAGUUAACGCAAAUGAACAGAAUGCAGAAACUGUUCUUUAUUUUAAAGCAAAACAAAUGACAAAUAUUAAUCUGGAUGAAUUUGAAGAAGCAUCUUCUCACUUCUUUAGAGAUAAUGUCAUGGAGUUGGCUAAUAUUUCCGAUUUACUUGGUAUUUGCAACAAUGAAAAUGACGAUUUAGAAAAGGAUGUCGAUACUCUAAACACUUACACCGGGGUAAAUGAUAUAUUACCCGAUGUUCCGAGACUUUUAGAAACUGAAAUUUCACCGGAAGAUCAAAUUGACAUGAGAAAUUAUGUCUCAAGAAAGCAAUUAUCCAAAGAAAAUAUAAAAUAUAGACAAAUUGAGGAAAAUAAAUUUACCUUUAAGCCCGACAAUAAUUUCAAAGAUAAUUUAUUAGAAUUUGAGGAAAAUAAUACAAUUCAAUAUUUUUUAAAUACAGAAUCACAAGAUUCGACCACUGAUCUUGAAUUGGAGUCCGUUGAUCCUAAGGAAAUUCUAACAGAAAAUGAACCAACACUUCGUCUCGUGCAAAUUGAAACUGGGGAACAAUUCUAUGAAUUGGUAAUGGAUAAUAUCACCGAUAAGACACAAUUCCAAGAUCUCGGGACAUUGGAAAAUGUUGAAGAGACAACGGCAAACGAGUCUGUGGAAAAUUUACAAAAUUUCGAAUUUUUCCGAACAGAAACACAAACAAAUUUUGAAGUUUACACCGAGGGGGGUGUAUUCGAGGAUUUUGAGAGAAGAAAUUACGAAACGUGCGCCAAAGAAUUCUUGGAAUUAGUACAACCCGACAAGCAAAAGGAAGGAGAAAUAUGUCACGCUGAGAAUGGUGAUCAAUUUUUGGAAUUAAUCGAGGAUCAACAUUUUUCGGAAAUUAAAGAUAAAGUCACUGACACUUUAAGAGAAGUGUCGACUUCAUCUUCAUUUGUCGAAGAAUUUGAGAAUUACCCAAUUUCUCAAGCAACAGUUUCAGAGAUAAAAACUACAAAUAAAAAUGACAGCUCACCGAAGGAAAAAAAUAAAGAAUUUCAUUGUUAUGUGUGUCAAAAAACUUUAUCUUCUAAAUACAAUUUUACACAGCACAUGGGAAUUCAUUACGUAAAUCAUCAACGUUUUCACUGCAAAGAAUGUGACAUAUCCUUCGCAUGGAAAUCAACUUUAAAUAAACACAAUGAAAGUACUCAUAGACCAGAAGGACGUCAAUCAUAUGUCUGUAAUAUAUGUCCAAAAGUUUAUAACAAUCUUUCACAAGUUAAUGAACACAUCAAACGAGAUCAUUUGAAGGAAAGGAAACACGUUUGUCCUCUAUGUGGAAAAUCAUUUUUUAAGAAGUUUGAUUUGAAAUCACACUUCCGAACGCAUACUAAUGAAAAACCCUAUCAAUGUUCAUUUUGUGAGAAGAGAUUUCAUUAUCAGAGUCAUGUUAUACGUCAUGAGCGUAUUCACUCGGGAGAAAAGCCUUAUAUUUGCGACGUAUGCCAAAGAAGUUUUUGUCAACGUAGUUCAUUGAAAGCCCAUAAAGCAAAACAUCGUCUCAAUAAACAAGAUGCGAAGAAACAACAAAAAGACAAAAACGAACUAGAAUAAUUUUUUUAUACUUAAGUUUCUAUUAUAUUAUUAUUAAAAAAUGGGUGAUAAGGGAAUAGUUAUUGUAAAAUAUAGAGUAUUUUUGAUCAGAUCAAAAUUCUUAAAGAAUAAAAAUAUAUUUUCAUUUUUUA